AUCUCUGCUCAGGUUUCUCCCAGAAUCAAUUUGUUCCGUAAACAUUUAUCAUUGGCCGCUGACAGAUCUCUAACCUUGUUUGAAAUGUCCUCUGAGAGCGUUGGACAUGAACUCUGAGCACAACCUUUAGAAAGGACAUUAGAAAGCGAACUCUUAUAAUUUUGUUCAUUUAAACCGAGGAGAUUCGAGGUCACGGAGGACAAAUAGCACCGGUGCGAGUUAGCUAGCUGCUAGCUUUGCGUGAGUUUAAGUGGCAGCUUACUUCAGUUUGAAUCAUGUCAGGACCAAACGGGGAUCCAACAAUCUCCACUGAUGAUGGUAUUAUCAACGACGACGAUGAAUUUGGCGAAGAGGAGUACUCCGCCAUCAAUACGAUGCUGGAUCAGAUCAAUUCGUAUCUGGAUGACCUGGAGGAGCGUAAUGACGCACUGAAUGGCAAACUUCACGAACUUCUAGAGUCAAAUCGGCAAGCCCGUUUGGAUUUCAGGGCUCAGCUGGAUGCUCAAUCGACCCAAGAGGAAGGGUGCACCCAGAGGGAGCGUCAGACCACAGAGGAAGAGUCUUCCUCACCCACCAAAGAUGAUUUAAAUGAAUGCGCAGAUUCACAAACUAGUGACAAUAGUCGUUAAACGUGGUGUUUUGUUAUCAGUACUGAUUCAGGCAGAUUCUGAGAUGAGAUCGAUUAGUCGCCCUUGAUCAGCUUGGUUUCCUGUCUGUCCUGAUUAUUUCCGUGAAGCUACAUUCCAUUUGGCAGACACUCAGUCCAGCUUUCCACCGGUGAACUUUGACACGCUGGUGUUUCUGUUCUAUGCAGUUAUGAGUUUAUUGACCCAGACUUGGAACAUUCUGAGUAAAAUGUGUUUGUGUAAAAAUGUGAAGAGAAUUAAAAUAUUUAUCGCAGUUAAAACUGCAGCA